UCCAUUGAUUUGACCCAUUAUGCGGAGACACCAUAUCAAUGGGAAGUAGUUUAUGAGUCCAUUAGAUCGGCCGUGGAGAGUUGGACAUGCUGUGCUUGCCUGAUCUAUCCUCCGCUCGCGAAUGAUUCCUGAUUGCGAUCAGUAUACCAACAGUUACGCUCGCGAGCUUUGUGUGUGCAUGAUAUCUUCUUACAGUUUUUUUCUUUUUUUUUUCUCCACGGUUUCCCUUCGCAGAGGUUUGUGAGCUUGUGAAUUCCUGAAAAGGUUUGUUGGUUUGGAUCCUGCUAUGGCUGCUACUGCGGCUUUGAGCCAAGCCGUGGCUCUCAACAAGCUUGCAGCGCCUGUUUCUUCCUCUUCGUCCGUAUUGAGAGCAGAUUCGAGUGGAUUCUUUGGGAUACAGAAGCUUAACUUAUUGAGAGGACAGCACACAUCGCUGUGCCUCCGCUCUAAUGAGAAGAGUAAGAUUUUGGCGGCAAAAGUGCCGGAAAAUGGUGCAGAGUACCCCUCCGAGAAGCCACCAACGCCUCUUCUGGAUACCGUCAAUUAUCCCGUUCAUAUGAAGAAUCUCACCAAGCGAGAGUUGAAACAACUUGCGGACGAAUUGCGGGCAGAGACUAUCCACACUGUUUCGAAGACAGGAGGACAUUUGGGCUCUAGCUUGGGUGUUGUGGAACUUACCGUGGCCCUUCACUAUGUCUUCAACGCUCCAGACGAUAAGAUUUUAUGGGAUGUUGGCCAUCAGACAUACCCACACAAGAUCCUGACGGGGAGAAGAGGCAAGAUGCAAACCUUGAGGCAAACCGACGGACUUUCAGGGUUUGUUAAGAGGGCAGAGAGCGAGUAUGACCCAUUCGGAGCUGGUCACAGUUCUACCAGUAUCUCUGCGGGCUUAGGUAUGGCCGUUGGACGGGACUUGAAAGGCAAGAAAAACAACGUUAUUUCUGUGAUCGGGGAUGGAGCUAUGACUGCUGGGCAAGCAUAUGAGGCUAUGAACAAUGCAGGGUAUCUUGAUUGCAAUAUGAUUGUGAUUCUUAACGAUAACAAGCAAGUUUCUCUACCCACAGCUACUCUCGAUGGCCCCGCUCCCCCUGUAGGAGCUUUGAGUAGUGCACUCAGCAGGCUCCAGUCAAGCAGGCCUCUUCGUGAACUGCGCGAGGUUGCAAAGGGCGUGACGAAGCAAUUCGGAGGUUCCGCGCACAUACUGGCCUCUAAGGUUGAUGAGUAUGCUCGUGGCAUGAUCAGUGGGUCUGGGUCCACGCUGUUCGAGGAGCUUGGGCUCUACUAUAUUGGCCCAGUUGAUGGCCACAAUCUUGACGAUUUGGUGACAAUCUUGCGGGAGGUAAAGAAUACCUCUACAACUGGGCCUGUGCUGAUUCAUCUCGUGACUGAAAAGGGUCGAGGUUAUCCAUAUGCAGAGAGAGCAGCAGACAAGUAUCAUGGCGUUGUUAAGUUUGAUCCAGCAACAGGCAAGCAGAAGAAAGUGAAGACUGCUACCCAAGCCUACACCACCUACUUCGCCGAGGCAUUGAUAGCUGAGGCAGAGCUGGACAAAAGUAUUAUUGGUAUUCAUGCAGCCAUGGGAGGUGGUACAGGCAUGAACAUGUUCGCAAAGCGAUUUCCAGAGAGAUGCUUUGACGUGGGUAUUGCUGAACAGCAUGCUGUGACAUUUGCUGCGGGACUAGCUUGCGAGGGAUUGAAACCCUUUUGUAGUAUCUACUCCUCCUUCCUUCAGCGGGGAUAUGAUCAGGUUGUACACGAUGUAGACCUGCAGAAGUUGCCUGUCAGAUUUGCAAUGGACCGAGCUGGCCUUGUUGGAGCUGAUGGGCCGACACAUUGUGGAGCGUUUGACGUGACUUACAUGGCUUGUCUCCCUAACAUGGUAGUAAUGGCUCCUUCUGAUGAAGCUGAGCUUUUCAAUAUGGUGGCGACCGCUGUUACAAUUGAGGACAGACCUAGCUGUUUCAGGUAUCCAAGGGGUAAUGGGAUUGGCGUCGAACUGCCUGCAAAUAACAAGGGUGCUCCUAUUGAGGUUGGCAAAGGAAGAAUUUUGCUGGAGGGCACACAGGUGGCUCUGUUGGGAUACGGUACUAUGGUGCAGAACUGCCUGGCCGCUCAUUCUCUACUGGCGAAGUUGGGUAUCUCAGCUACUGUGGCCGAUGGACGGUUCUGCAAGCCCCUUGAUCGCGAUCUUAUUCGCCAACUUGCGAAAAACCAUCAAGUGUUAAUUACAGUGGAGGAGGGCUCCAUCGGGGGCUUUGGAUCUCACGUUGCGCAAUUCAUGGCUUUGGAUGGGCUUCUCGAUGGCAAGCUGCAAUGGAGACCACUCGUGCUUCCUGACCGCUACAUCGAACAUGGAUCACCGAAGGACCAGUAUGCUGAGGCAGGUCUAACUGCCGGUCACAUCGCAGCUACUGUAUUGAACGUGUUGGGGAAGACGAGAGAAGCGCUGGAGCUCAUGUCAUAAGUUAUUUCCAGCUCAGACGUGAUGAUGUGGUUCAUGCAUUACUUACCAACAGUCCAGUCUACCGAGAACCCCCUUCUCUGUCGAUGCACCACCUAGAUGUGUAUCCGAUUGUGCUUGUGUGGAAUGCUCAUCAUACCUUGAUAAGUCUCAAUCUGAUUCUAGGAUCUACUGCUCUCAAACCUGAGCAACCCAGCAAGACCUGUGGGCAGUACUGAAGUUUGUUUCUUCAGAAAUGAGCAAGCUCCUUGCAUAGAAUUGCAUCAAACCAUAGCGCAUGCUUAGUUCUGUACCCUUUGUAAAUUAUGUAAGCUGUUGUAGAUGACGUAGACUUAGCUCGGCAUUUGAUUGUGCUUUUGAAAUGAAAGCAACGAUUUUAUGAUCCCAAUCUCAUUGUAAUUAAGCUAUUUUCACAUUUGCUAAAUGCAUGGUAGAUUUUUUGGCUUAA